AUGCACGUGGUGUCUGCGAUGCACGUGAAAACCAUGAUGCACGUGAUAACACAUGAUGCACAUGUUGACUGCGAUGCAGAAAGACGGAAAUAUUCUCAAGAGGAACUUAAAGAAAUUAAAAGACAGAUGAAACAGACGAAAGAACGGGAAAAUGAAGAUGACAUAAGAGUGAAGCAAAUGCCCAGAGAGUUCCAAGGAAGAAAAAGAGAAACAGUCCCAAGAACCGGAAGAUCAACACAACGAAGGGAAUUGACCAAAUCGAGGACGAUUUUUGGUCUCGAUGGGGGCAAUGUAACAGACGUGAGAUUGAGAAAAAAAACUAAUAGUGACAUUUACAAGAAGAUCGGUAGCUAUAUAAACGACACCCGUGGUGAAAGCACGAAGAAAAGAAGAACGAGAAUUAAAAAGAGGUCAGAAGAAGUUUCAAGCAGAAGAAAAUUUGUGGGUCUACAGUCGUUAUUGGGAUGUCUGAAGUCUUCACCUGAUUUAAUUGCUUUAAUGGAAGUCAAUCCUAAAAAUUCCAGCAAUGAUAGAUAG